GACCUCGUUGUCGUCGACCGUGGCAACGGCUUUGCCGAUAUCAUUGGGCGCAUCCAAGUGACGAACCAACUCUCGCUCGAGGCGACAUUUGCUGCGCUCCAAGACAAAAUCUGGGCAGAAAUGCGGGGUGAUACCCACCCCUGCGGGACGGAAUUUCUCGAUGAAGAGCUCGUGCGUGAGAUUGACCCGCGCAUGAUCUACCGGCGCACGGCGCUGACAGCGGACGAGAGCAACUACUACGUGUGCCGCGAGUUUGUCACGGAGAACCGGAUCGUGUUUUUGUUUGGGAAUUUCAACCAAGACGCGCUCCAGCCAGAGAACAUCCAGUGGCGCCCACGCAUGUUUUGGUAUGUGCUCGAGCGCAUCGGCCCGACCGAAACAAGGAUCAAAGCCCUGUUUUACAACGGACCCAAAGUCGUCCAAGGCCGCGUCAUGACCUGGAAGGAAGACAUGUGCAACGACCAAGGCGAUGACGUGCCUGAUAUGCCCGACGACCUCCUCUUUUCCGAGUACCAGCAGUCGAUUGACCGUGAUUGGCGGCCCAUGAUGACGAGCGACGUCGAAAUCUUGACCCUCCGCGGCGAUGCCGCGUAGUCGUCUUUGUUCAAGCAGGGGCAUGUAAACAACGUUGGUGAUUUGUG